AAUAUUAAAAUCCAUAGCAUUUAGAAAAAUGAAUGAAGUUUCACAGAAGGUGGAUGAGGAACUGGUUUUUAAAGAUGCACUUGAUUUAGAAAACCAUCAAAGGCUGCCGGUACUAUUUUGUAGUUUUUAUUUUAAUCCGAAGUCUGCUUCCUCUUUUUGCGCCCCACCCACUUUGUUAGACAUGAAAUUUUAUGGUCAACACGAUAUUAUGCUUGGACAAUUCUUGCAACGUUAUUGUUGUCGGCUAAAUUCGAUAUGUAAACUUUGCAAUUUGCCAAUGUUGGGGCAUGUACGCCGAUACGUACAUUCCAUGGGAUGUGUACAAGUCUUUCUCAGCGAGGAUAAUAUAAAAACCGAUCCUAAUCGUAUUUUUUUUACCGCUUGGUGUACAAUUUGCAAUGAGAUGACUCCGAGUGUACCGCUGUCCGACAAUUCAAAAUGCCUUUCUUUCGCAAAGUAUCUGGAGCUUCGUUUUCAUGGACAUUUAUAUAAAAGGCGAACUAUUAUCAGCAGAAAUUCCCCUUCAAUAAGCCCAAGCUGCAUAGAAUAUAGUCAAUGUCAGCAUUCUCUCCAUCGUGAUUAUGUACACUAUUUCACCUAUCGAGGCGUAGGGGCUAAAUUUCAGUAUACGCCAAUUGAAGUUUGGGAUAUUGGAUUACCUUCACUGAUAUUAGAUUUAAAACCACUACAGUUUGAUCAUUUCAAAUAUGUGGAAGAAAUCAAAACAUUUUCUAUGAAGGGGCAUGAAGUGUAUACUCGCAUUCAUGAGCGUAUUGCUGAUCUUGCCACCGAGGAUGAUACUUUGGCGAUAGUGCUUAAUUUAAAGACAGCGUUGAACAAAGAUCAUUUUAUUUUUAAACAACAUAUCGAAAUUGUACAAGCUUUACUCACUGAACCAAAAGCCAGUAUACAUGAUAUAAAUGAUGCGUUACUCAUGUCUAAACGCGUACUGGCCGAAAGUAUUGAUUUAUGGGGGCCAAGGGUACACGAUAUUGCGUUGGCACAAAAGGCGGUAACCAAACAACCAACUCAGAUGCAUCCGGAUUCUGUUACCGUUUGUACCGAAGAUCUACAUUCCGAUUAUUUGGAUGCUUCACCGAUAAUGUCAGAAAGGCCUCGCUUGCUACGUGAUGAUACAUAUUUACAAAUAGAUGAUAGCGCUGGCGAGAGAUCAACAGUGGAGCAACUUCUUACGAUUUCGGCGAAUACCGAUAAAAAAUCUAUUAAAAAAAUACUGACUCAGCUUUUGCCUUCUGCUGGACCAGCAAAUUUGCUUCAAUCACCUUUUUCGUCACAAGAACAUUAUACAUUACCAUUGGGAGCAUUUCCGAUUCUGGUACACGAUCAGGACUUGAGUUCGCUAAUCGCAUAUAGUCUGACGUCAAGUGACUAUCAAAAAUCAAUUGCCAAUUUGGCAAACAGUAGUUUCUCUGAAAACAGUAGCGGUACUGGACUAGGUCAUCCGCCAACUAUGGAUAGUGAAAAUAGUCCUAGUUUGAAACGGAAACUACAAGACAAUUCACAAGAAGGAGAUGAAAGCGACACACAAGAUGUUCCAAAUAGUACCAAUACCACAGAAGAAGAAAAGAGCAAAUCAACGAAUACUUCACACGUAGAAUUAACAUUCCAUGAUAACGGCAAACAAUUUACAUGUAAAAUUUACUUUGCGAAAGAGUUCGAUUUAAUGCGAGUAAAAACAUUAAGACCUCCAAUUACUGAAAAAUCAUUAUAUAAAGAUCUUCAGCAGAAGAAAAAACGUGAAGAGUUAAAAGUUUGCCAAAGCCGCAGUGGCCCUGAGAUGGAAUUGGUGCAUAAACCCAGCGAUAUAUAUAACGCUACACAAGCAGACGCAACCAAACUAAAUCGAAAUGUUUUUGAGACAGAAAUCGAGAAAUGCCGUAAUUGUUUGGCUCGUUCAUUAUGCAGCAGUGUACAAUGGGAAGCAAGAGGUGGUAAAUCUGGUUCAAGAUUCUGUAAAACAUUAGAUGACCGCUUUGUGUUGAAGGAAAUGACUAAAGGAGAUAUUAAUAUUUUUGAAAAUUUCGCUCCUAAUUAUUUUGAGUAUAUCAGCAAAUGUCAACAGCAAAAUCAGCCCACAUUACUGGCAAAAAUUUUUGGAGUGUUUAAAGUUGUCGUAAAAAAAAAAAGUUCAUUUGUGGAGAAAUCAUUGCUCGUUAUGGAAAACCUUUUUUACGAUUGUGAUAUCAAAAAUAAAUUCGACCUAAAGGGUUCUGAACGCAAUCGAAUGGUGGACCCCACUGAUCAGCAAGGUGAAAUAGUUUUGUUGGAUGAAAAUUUAGUUCAAAUGUCUUGGUCUAAACCACUAUACAUUUUGUCACAUAGCAAAGCAGUUCUCAAAGAUGCUAUCAAUCGAGACUCUACAUUUUUAGAGAAAAAUCAAAUAAUGGAUUACUCGCUGCUUGUAGGCUUAAAUCAUGAUAACAGUAUAUUAGUAUUGGGAAUAAUCGAUUACAUACGAACAUUUACUUUCGAUAAAAAGGUUGAGUCAUUUGUAAAACAAACUGGCAUAUUAGGUGGCAUGGGGAAAUUACCAACAGUUAUAUCACCAGAGCGUUAUAAGCAACGAUUUAUUGAUGCAAUGGAUCGUUAUUUCUAUACAGUUCCGGAUCGUUGGGAAGGUUUGUCAAAAACUUAAUUACUAGAGAUUUUUAAGUGAUUCAUGUUGUAUAAUUAAAUAUUUAUAUUGAAAUAAAUUCAAAGUUAUAUCUGUAUUGUAA